ACCCUUACUGAACACUCACUCACACACGCACGCACACUAAUAUUUAAUCCUCCACAUGGGCUCAAUCGUAGCUCGAGCUGGGGAGAAAGUUUGGCAUGGAGACAUUGUAGGUCUAGGUUUGUUUCCACUGAAAGGGACCAACACACAUUUUCUGCAAGAGCAAAAUGGAAAAAUAGAACACAGCCGCAAGCUUCAGAACUGCAGCUUCCUCCUUAAGCGGAAUUGCGAGUGUCACUGAGAAUCUCCAUGAGCAUGAGAUGAUGUUUAAACUGGAACCCCAGGACUUGAGUACAGUCCACUCAGCCCCAAGCCCCCAGACACGAGGCCAGUGGUCCAGCAAGUUAGAGUUCCUCCUGGCCGUAGCAGGACAAAUCAUAGGCCUGGGUAAUGUGUGGAGAUUUCCAUACCUGUGCUACAAAAACGGAGGGGGGGUGUUCUUCAUUCCUUAUACACUCUUCCUCUUCACUUGUGGCAUUCCACUGUUUCUCCUUGAAACAUCCUUGGGCCAGUACACCACACAGGGAAGCAUCACCUGUUGGCGGAAAAUAUGCCCUCUCUUUGAAGGCCUGGGAUAUGGAAGCCAAGUGGUUGUUCUGUAUUCCAGCAUUUAUUACAUCAUCAUACUGGCCUGGGCAUUCUUCUACCUGUUUUCUUGUUUUGAGCCUGAACUCCCAUGGGCUAGUUGUAAAAACAGCUGGAACACAGGGAAUUGCGUUGAGUUUGACCGAAGUAUUGGCCGUCUAAAUUGGACCACAGAAGAGAAUGCAACAUCGCCAGUUAGGGAGUUCUGGGAAAGAAGAGUUUUGAAUCUCACAAGCAGCAUUCAUGAGCUUGGCAGCAUACGGUGGGAGCUGGCACUUUGUCUUCUGUUGUCCUGGAUCAUCUGUUACUUCUGUGUCUGGAAGGGAGUGAAGUCAACAGGAAAGGUGGUUUACAUCACUGCCACCUUCCCCUAUGUGAUGCUGGGGGUGUUGCUAGUCCGCGGACUCACACUGCCAGGGGCCAUAGAUGGUAUUAAGUUCUACUUGUAUCCUGACCCAGCCCGUCUUGCUGACCCUCAGGUGUGGAUGGAUGCUGGAACACAAAUAUUUUAUUCUUAUGCCAUUUGCAUUGGGUGCCUUACUGCUCUUGGCAGCUACAAUAAGUACAACAACAACUGUUACAAGGAUUGUGUGUACCUGUGCCUUCUUAACAGCGGAACCAGCUUUGUUGCUGGCUUUGCUAUCUUCUCUGUGCUGGGAUUCAUGGCGUACGAGCAGGGAAGUGACAUAUCAACAGUGGCUGAGUCAGGUCCUGGCCUUGCAUUUAUUGCGUAUCCUCGUGCAGUGGCCAUGAUGCCAGUACCUCAGCUUUGGGCCAUUCUUUUCUUCAUUAUGAUCAUCUUACUUGGGUUAGACAGUCAGUUUGUAGGUCUGGAGGCUCUGAUUACAGCUAUCUCAGACAUGCAUCCUUCCUUCUUUCAUGUUGGGCAUCGGCGUAAACUCCUACUCCUUGGUAUUAGUGCAGGGUGCUUCUUCAUUGGCCUGGUGAUGGUCACAGAGGGUGGCCUCUACGUCUUCCAGGUGUUUGAUUACUAUGCUUGCAGUGGGAUGACUCUGCUUCUCUUCGCUAUACUGCAGUCUCUGUGUGUCGGUUGGAUUUACGGCUCAGAACAUUUCUAUGAUAACAUUGAGGACAUGAUUGGGUAUCGACCUUUCCCCUUGAUUAAGCACUUGCUGAAGUAUGUAACUCCAAUUAUAUGCAUGGCAACGUUUGUCUUCUCCUUGGUCAAGUACACUCCUCUCAAGUUCAACAACAAAACUGAAUAUCCAUGGUGGGGCUAUGCCCUUGGCUGGUGGUUCACUCUCUCCUCAACACUCUUGGUUCCUCUCUGGAUGAUCUACGUUAUCAGUGUCACUCCUGGAACACUGAGACAGAGAAUCUCAAUCCUCUGCACUCCAUCAAUGGAUCUUCCCUUGACAAAGUCACGAAAGAAAGUCUUUCUAGAUGAAUCUGACCAGCUUAAGUCUAGACCUUUAUGUGGAGACACAGGUCUAUGAGCAUUCAGACAUUCAGACAUUCAGACGUAUGGAAGAGCUAGUACUGUAAUCACUUAGCACACAAUACUAAGCAGCCAGAACAUGCCACUAUAUUUGACCUGACGUUGAAGUGAAGGACAUGUGUCCUGACUUUACAGCACGGUGUGUUGGGGUAUUGUUAGAUUAAUCUAAAGUAGUGUUUCCCCUGAAACAAACUUGCUCAAUACUGUACUACAGACAUUGGAUAUAUACUUAAUUUUAUUGUGACUAGUAAAGGGUAAAUAUUAUUGUACUUAUCGGUCUUCUGAGUGGAAGGUUGAAAAAGCUUUAGUGAAGUUGCAAGGUCACAUAUGCCAAACUCUGACAGGUUGUGCUUUAACCAGUUCCAAUCAUUUUUAACACAGGGACAUAGGAGAGGGUGUCAGACAUUGUGUGAUCAUUGUGUGAACUGUAUUCACAGUUCUCUGAGUCUGUUAAUUCAUCAGCAAGCUUAAAAUCUUCUGUAUUGUAACUGUAAGAUGAUAUUUGAGUAUCCAAAUUGUAUUGUUUCACAUGUAUAUUAUGUUUUUUUAUAUGAAGUAUGGCAUUGAGGGGUUUCCUUUGUACAGAAAACAAUUAUGGGCAACAGUUGUAAAUGUGAAGUGUGGUAUAAUAAUGUACAGUAUACAUUUUUGAUGGUGAUGUAAAAAAUAAAAUGCAUUUUUCUGUAAUCAU